AUGGUGUCCAAGGACAUCAAGCUCAUCGACGUUAUCCAGGUGAUGCUGGUCCGCCGGAGUCUUCCGUGCCAGCGCCGAAGCCGCCCUUUAUGGGAGUUCAAUUCGAAGAAGCACCAGACCCUGAGAAGGCUCUUCGACACCUCUCAUGAAGGGGCCUGGAAGUUGCUCUUUAAGGGCAACGAGAAGCCGCCGGCCAUGGACUCAGACCAUGGUCACAAUUGUAAACGCCCCACCAACGAGGACUGGGUGGAGAAGGCUCAGCGGAUCCUGUGUCCGGCGCCGCUGCCCGAGGAACCGGUCAUCCCGCGCCUGGCGAGGAUGCUGGUGCCGGCGCCAUAUACGACGCCAGAGAAGAAGGCCAAGAAGAAGGCCAAGGGGACCAAGAGUGGCCCUCAUCGCAAGGGCGCUUCGGACGCGACAUCCGAAGACGACGAGGAGCAGCUCCGUCCGCCGCGGCAGCACCGUCCGCCGCGCCGACGAGCAGCAGCGCCAUCCCACACAUCCGCCCAGGAGCUGCGGCGGCGUCCCCCACAUCCGCCCAGGAGCUGCAGCUCCGUCCGCCGCGCCGAGGAGCAGCAGCACCGUCCCCCACAUCUGCCAAGGAGCAGCAGCGCCGUCUGCCGUGCCAAGGAGCAGCAGCGCGUUCCCCUGCGCCCAGGAGCAGCAGAACCUACCAUCGUCAAGGAGAAGCAGCAAGGAAAAAGGAUGGUAGGAACAAGAGGAGGAAACGAGGUCCCUCUGCUUGAUGAAACUACGAGGCCUGCAAAUAUUGCAGAAAAUGAGAGAAAGGUGAGAGCAAUUAUAGAACUUAAAAGGAAUGAAGCAUUGGGAGGAAACAAGAAUUCCACUGAGAAAGGUUCAUCACAACCAUCUAGGAAAAGGAAAAAGACAAAUAACUGCACAAGUGAAGUUGCAAAUGGAGGGUGUAAUCUGCGUUCCCAGUCAAGGUUAAAUCACGAUGGUGAAGAUCCCAAUAAUGAGCCCAUAGGACAUGGCUUAGAUGACAUUCAAGCAAAUGCUUCAGUUGUGACUAUACAACAAAAAAAAGAAGAGAGGAAGGGGUCCCAGCGAAUUAAGGAAGAUAUAUGAUAGAGACCAACCAAAACAAAAGGUUGAACUAAAUGAGUUUGGUCAGCCUGUUGGUAGCAAUGGUAAAACAUUUGCUAAUUUCAUUGGAACAUUCGUAAGGAAGCAAUUGUCAGUGCUAAUUAAGGAUUGGAGAUAUGUUGAUCCCGAGUUAAAGUUAAAGUUAUGGGAUGACAUAAAGUCAUUUUUUGAGGUGGAUGAAGUUGCUUUCGAUUACUUUAUGACCGCAGCUGCAAAGAAAUGGAGAGAAUUUAAGUCAUACCUAAAGGAGAAGUUUGAUGCCACAUUGACAGAUGAGGAACUUAUGGAAAGAUGUGAUGAAAGAAUUCAAAAGGAUGAUUGGGUACAACUUAUCGAUCAGUGGAGAAAACCAGAA